UAGCCGUAGCCGCAGCCGCAGCCGCAGCCUCGGCUUGGGCUCGGGUGGAUGGUUGGUUUAUUAGUGUUUUGACUGGAUUUUAUUAGUUGGUUUUUAAACUUGGUCGUGAGAGGGUAGUGAAAAGUGAAAAUCGGACAAUAUAAACAGAACAGUUGGAACGCAUAAAGAAAGCAGCAACCCAGCAAAUAAGAAAGCAUUGAACUGCGCAGCGUGAAAAGUGAGUGAAUGAGGAAGAAUUUGUGAGACAGACGUUGAAGUGGAGUGGGGUAACAAUUGAAAGUGCGUAGACAAUUACUUGGAGUGGUCCACAUAAAAAAGUUAACUGAGUUUAUAAGAAAAAAACUUAAACUGUUGAACAGUGCACUACACUUGCGCGCCAACUUACAAAAAGUGAAAUAUUUCGUGAAAAGCUUUGUGAAUGGAUGCGCUAAGAGCUAGCAUCGGUUUUGCUAAUCCACUGGACGCAUACUCAGCUAACAGCGCUACAAAUACAAGAACGCCCAAAAAGUUGAACACUUCGGAAUCCUCAUUGCGAUCGUCGCCAGGUUCCUCACCAAGUACUUCACCGAAAGCUGUGGCUACAGCAGCAAACAUUGCGCCGCCUUCGCCUGCACACUCUUCAGGCGCUUCGUCGUGCUCUUCGCGGUCCAGACUGCGCGUAGCAACCCCCGACUCGGAUACGCCUGGCGCUGGUGCUGGUGGUGGUGAAAUGAGUGUGAGUGGUGGAAGUCAACUUGGCGCAGCGUUGGAUAUGAAGACGAAGGGCUCAGCAGUUACCUCUGUGGCUGCCGUCACCGCCGCCGCCGCCGUUAAGCUAUUGCAUGCGGGGGCGCCAACUUCUCAGAUGCAGUCGCAGAAAAUCAAAAAAUGUGCGUUUAAUAAACAAAAUAAACCUUUUACUGAAAUUGUAGAUGUAAAUAUAAAAUUCUCGAAAAUUACUCGAGGCACAGCACGAGCUGUCGAUGCUGCCGAAAACAAUACCAACAACCAUGAUAAAAAUAAUAGCAAUUUGACGGCAAUUGUUGAUAGUAACUUUGUGGAGCAAAAUCUUUUGUCAACAACGACGAUGUCUGCCCCGAAGUUACUACGAAGUUGUCGCAGCAAAAGUAGUCCUAGACUGCAGCAACUCUAUCAACAACAACAACAGCUGCAACGACAACAAAAAUCUAUGUCAUUGCAGCGGCAACAACAACUAGAAAAACAUACCAAAUGUUACGUACAGAAACCGAAAAACCAAAAGUAUUUCAAAAAGAAAUUUAGACUUGAACAAGAACGCCAAUUUGCUGAAGCUGAACAGCUACAACAACAGCAACAGCAACUUUAUUCGUCGACAAAAGAAAAUUUUUUACUUACCCUCGAUUUACUUGCAGUGGUUCGCCGUAAUGCCUCCGACAAGUUGCGCCUCAUCCAAAUGGUUCAUGACAAUCCGAUACUUUGGGAUUCGCGUCUGCCCAAUUUUAAGGGCGCCGAAGAAGAGAAGAAUCGCGCUUGGGAAAUGAUUGGCAAGGAGUUCAAUGCGCCGGGGCGGCGAGUGGCGCGCGCCUUUAAAUCUCUGCGUGAAUCGUAUCGACGCGAGUUGGCGCAUGUCAAAUUAAUGGGCAACGGUUUUAAGCCAAAAUGGAGUCUCUAUGAAGCAAUGGAUUUCUUGCGCGAUGUCAUCAGAGAGAGAAAAGGCGGUUCGCACGCAGCUGAACAGGCGGCCAUUGGCCUUAAUUUGAGCGCAUUCUCGCAGCACUUAAAUAAUAAUAACAACAACAAAUCGGCACUGAAACUCAACGCAUUGCACUCGUCUUUCAACGAGAGUGCACUGAAUUUGUCGAAAUGCGCACCGGGCCUGAAUAUGAGCCAUGAAGACUACUAUUACUAUGUGAAAUCGGAAAUGGAUCUGUCAGCAGCGCAUGCGGGUAGCAACGGCAUUGGUGGUGGUGGCAAUGUAGCUGUGCCCAUACAUCCACUGCCGGCGCAUCAAACACAGCAACAGCAGCAACAACAAUCACACAGCGCUGCGCAUGACAGCCGCGUUUCGUCCACGCGCAAUGACAGCACCACGCAGCACAGCAACACUUUCGACGAUCUUGACGCAUCAUCGGUACGCAGCGGCGACGAAGCCUCCAUGCGUAAUGCGGACAUGAGCAAUCAGGGUUCCGACGAGGUGGAGGAGCUGGAAGCCAUAGAUGCCGAUUUUCCCUAUCCCCUCAUACUCGACGCCAAUUCCCCGCGUUCCAUGAGCGCAGCAGGCGGCAAUGGCAACAUUGGUGGCAAUGCUGUUGGUUGCAGUGGCGCUUUGAAACGUAAACGACGUGACCUCAACGGUGACGGCAUGGACGAUGGUGCUGCGGAUGACGAGGAUGACUACGAGGGCCAGAUGAUGCAACAGCAUCGUCAUUUGCGCCAACAAAAUGGCGGUAUGGGCGGCGGUGGUGGCGGUGGCAUGAAUGGCUGUAUGCUGGAUAUGCCGCUGCCGCAGACGGUGCGUGAGGUGUUGAACUCCAAAUUUUGCGGCUUCAUUUCGGCGAAACUCAAUAGCAUGGAAGACACGGAGGCGGAUAAUUUAAUGAACAAAAUACUCAUGUUGUUGGUGCAGACGCAAACGAGCGAAGUCAAAUAGGCGCUGGAGUGUGAUACAAGUAUUGGGUAGCAGCGUGUAGCAAAUGCGAUGCCAACUGCUUUCCAUAAAUGUAUGUGUGUGUGAGUAUGCAGUUACUUUUACGGGAAACGUGGUGUCAGACAUUUCUAUAAGAUAUUUUUUCAAACAAGUAUUGAAAUUAUUCAAAAGCCAUAUUUUUUAGUUUUAUAUAUAAAAGUUAGCUCUCA